CUCUUUACUUUCCUUCGCUUUCAUAUCCUCUGCGCUCUCUUCCGCAUCUUUGGAUCGGAGCAGCAUCCGUUUCGUAAUCCGACAGUCGAGAUGGCUCUAUCGUACCUGCGCUCUUCUUCUUCCCGCUCCGCCAAUUUACUAAAGCCACUUUCCUCCGGCUUAUCCCUCCGCAGCCCUAUCUCCACCGACACCACUCCCAUAACCGUCGAGACCUCCGUCCCUUUCACCUCUCAUCGGUGCGAUGCUCCCUCACGCUCCGUCGAGACCAAUCCUAAGGAACUCCUCACCUUCUUCCGAGACAUGGCGUUGAUGCGUCGGAUGGAGAUCGCCGCCGACUCACUCUACAAGGCCAAACUCAUUCGCGGUUUCUGCCACCUGUACGACGGCCAAGAAGCAUUCGCCGUCGGAAUGGAAGCCGCCAUAACCAAAAAGGAUUGCAUCAUAACCGCCUAUCGUGAUCACUGCACAUUCAUGGGCCGCGGUGGUACCCUGCUGGAAGUUUUCGCUGAGCUAAUGGGACGCCAGGCUGGAUGUUCUAAGGGAAAAGGAGGUUCGAUGCAUUUUUACAAGAAGGAUUCGAAUUUUUACGGCGGUCACGGGAUUGUUGGGGCUCAGGUUCCGCUGGGAUGUGGCUUGGCGUUUGCGCAAAAGUAUUCUAAAGAUGAAACUGUGACAUUUGCUAUGUACGGUGAUGGAGCAGCUAAUCAAGGGCAGUUGUUCGAGGCCCUGAAUAUCUCUGCACUAUGGGAUCUGCCUGCAAUUUUGGUCUGCGAGAAUAAUCACUAUGGUAUGGGGACAGCUGAGUGGAGAGCCGCGAAGAGUCCAGCGUAUUACAAACGUGGGGAUUAUGUUCCUGGUUUGAAGGUGGAUGGCAUGGAUGCCCUCGCUGUGAAGCAAGCUUGCAAGUUUGCCAAAGAACAUGCCUUGAAGAGUGGACCAAUAAUUCUUGAAAUGGACACCUAUAGGUAUCAUGGUCACUCCAUGUCUGAUCCUGGAAGUACCUAUAGAACACGUGAUGAGAUUAGUGGUGUUAGACAGGAGCGUGAUCCAAUUGAAAGAAUUAGGAAGCUGAUAUUAUCCCAUGACCUGGCUUCUGAGAAAGAGUUGAAGGAAAAAUUUCAGGACAUUGAGAAGGAAGUGAGAAAAGAGGUGGACGAUGCAAUCACUCGAGCAAAGGAAAGUCCAAUGCCUGAGCCUUCAAAACUCUUCACAAAUGUGUAUGCCAAAGGUUUGGGUGUUGAGUCAUUUGGAGCAGAUAGGAAAGAAGUAAGAGCUACACUUCCAUAAAUCAAGUUUCGUUUAGAACAUUUUAAGCUCUUAACUUGUUUUUGGACGAACAAUAAAGUAGGCAAGGGAAAGGUGUUUGAAUCCAUCAAUUUGAUAUUGCACUUGGUUCUAUUUGUAUAGAAUACUUGAUUUAAUUAUUUCCGGUUGAGCUGAUGCCCCUACGGCCACGGUUUCAGAUUCUUUGCC